AGGCCGCUGAUUGGCCGGCGGGGUCACAUGGGCGGCUAGUUUGCAGAGCUGACAGGGAGGAGGAGGGUUCUGUGCAGAACAGAAAAACGACAACGCCAGAAAAAUUAGUAUUUUUUUUUCUUGCACUUCCACAAAUUAAUGGCCAUGAGCUCGUUUCUGAUCAACUCCAACUACAUCGAGCCCAAAUUCCCCCCCUGCGAGGAGUACGCACAGAGUAACUACCUGCACAGCCAGUCCCCAGAUUACUACGAGCGGCCGAGGGAACCCGGCUUCCAGGCUCCUCCCGAGGCUCUGUACCCAGGUCCGGGCAGCUACCCCGAAGCCAGCUAUGGGUACAGCCACAUCGCAGCCGGCCAUGAGGCCGGGGUCGCCCAGGAGGGGGUCCCUAGCAAGGGGCACAGCCAGUCUCAGCAACUUCUCCAAAGCCACGUCCUCAGACAGCCACCCCAGCACUGCGAGCCUAUAGGAGUGUCCAAUGACAGUAUCCAGACUGAGAAGGCUGCUGCUGGGUUGAAAUGCAAAGAGCCAGUCGUCUAUCCUUGGAUGAAGAAAAUACAUUGCAACACAGUUAAUCCAAAUUACACUGGAGGGGAACCCAAAAGGUCCCGGACUGCGUACACCAGGCAGCAGGUGCUGGAGCUGGAGAAGGAGUUCCACUUUAACCGCUAUCUAACCAGACGCCGGCGGAUAGAGAUUGCGCACACCUUGUGUCUGUCCGAGCGUCAGGUCAAGAUCUGGUUCCAAAACAGGAGGAUGAAGUGGAAGAAGGACCACAAAUUGCCCAACACUAAGAUGCGCUCUGCAAACCCAUCAGCCCCCAGCCAGCAGUCAAAAGUACAGGGUCACCAGCACACAGAUGGGUCAACAACCCCAUUAUUAUAACUCCUAAUUGUGAGGAUCCAUAAUGCUCUGCUGGCAAUCAUUUGGACCAAAUGACUAUGAAAAGAAAGAAGAAAAAACAAACUUUCACAACCCACAAAGCUCCCUGAUAUUGCUGGAUACAAAGUCUUAGAGCAAACAAGGACAAUUGUUCUCAUAACCAGGGGAAUCCAUGCAGACUUUUGCGUCGUUUUAUUUAUGUAUUUGAAUGUAUGCAUAUGAAAUAAAUAUGGGGUAUAUGUGUACAUGAUUAUUGACGUAUAGUUCUUCAAUGUCUACAUAGGUAGCAAACUAUUUUGUAUACAAGAUUACUAUUCCACGGAUGCAUUUCUGGCAAAUUAUGUGAUAGGGGUAUGGAUCAUCCACUAUAUAACACAUAUACAUAGCUGUGGGUAUUUAAUAAAACAAACUUUUUUUAUGAUUUAUUUAAUGGAUUAUUGAAGAUGUAAAGGAGUCGUAUUGUAAAUACUGGCGGACAUAAAAAGCAUUUCUAUAGAAACAACAUAACUGUUUUCCUGCUUAGCUCGUUGUCUGAGAUCGAUGUGUGUUUGACACUCGUUGGAUGUUAGCAUUGCUGUAGAAGGCCUUUGAUCGUCUUGAAGGCGAGGAAGGGGCGCAGAUACAGUAUAAGUGGUACAUAUUGUGAAUUUUGUGCUGUAUUAUUGUGGUGCUUACCUCUGAGAAUAUUCUGUGAAAAUUAAAGUUUUCAAAUAACAUCUA